AUGGCUCCGAAAAAAGAGAGAGCCCAAAAUAUGGAGAAAAAGAAGGCAACAAUUGGUUCAUUUUAUUCUCCCAAAGCUGCAGGCAUAGAACUAGAGAGGCAACGAAAGUCUCUGCCUCUAGAAAAUGCCCAACUUCCAGCACAUCAAUUAUCAAAUAUAUCAGAGGACGACUUACCACACCUGUCAAAAACCCCACAGGGAUUGACGCAACAACUUUUAACCCAAUUACUGGACAAUUUACAUAAAAAGAUCCAAACGGAUAUUGAAAACAACUCUAAAGAUAUCAGAUUGGAAAUUGCCACUCUCUCUGAGAAACUCUCAAAUCAAGCAAACAUAUUACAAAAAGUACAAGAGGAAUAUGAACAAAUUAAAACAUCUAAUAUACAGUUAGAGAAGAGACUGCAGGAUAUUGAGAUCAAGCUGACUGUUCUUGAGGAUCGUUCAAGGAGAAACAACGUAAGAGUCAGAGGCAUACCGGAAUCAAUUUUACAAGAAGAUUUAUAUUUGUAUUUGAACAACUUCUUUUCAAAAAUAUUAUCCAGACAGACGCUGGGCCCUGAGACAUUUGAAAGAUUCCAUAGACUGGCAAGAUCAAAUGGAACUGACAAGUCCUAUCCAAGAGAUGUUAUGAUUUGUUUCGCCAGUUUUUGGACGAAGAACCAAAUAAUGCAGAAGAUAAGGAAUGGGAUCCUGGACACUGAAGAAUGGAGACAUUUAAAAGUUUAUCAGGACUUAUCUUAUGAGACAAGACAAGCAAGAAGAACUUUUGCCGAAGAAACGCUUAUUCUUAGGAAUUUGGAGAUUAGAUAUAAGUGGUUGUUCCCGACGGCGAUUAUGGUUUUCUUCAAAGAUAAAACAUAUAUCUUUAGAGACAACUUGGCACUAAAGCAGAAGAUGAUAAGUUUGAAAAUUAUUCCUUAG